UUCACGAAUCCUUUUGAACACACACGAAUAAUUCAAUCAAUAUCGGUCCUGCCAUUUAGGAGGAGUUCAGUGCCUUACGGACAGAAGAAUUAUAUGUAUGUGUGAUUAAUAGUAAAGCAUUUCCUAAAUGUUUACAGGAUCAAAACCUGAUGUAUAUUGUAAGGGAUCCCUUAACCGACCAUAUACCAGACAACCCAAGGAUAACACAAUUUGUUUAAUUGUUUAAAAGUAAUAAUUAUCAACGACGUAUAAAAUUGUCAAUUUUGAAAGAAAGUAAUUGAAACGAACGUAUUUUUGCUUUUUACAUUUGAAAUAUACCGUGGAGGAUUAAGCGUUUUCAGCCAUGGCAUCGGUGCAAUAUUUGUUUUCUUUUACUAAAACUUUCCAAGAAGAGUUGAUAACAGCGCAAACUCAUCUGCAAGAAGUGACCGCUUUUCGAAUACUGAAUGUGAUUAUAAUUCAAAAGACUUGGAGAGGUUACUAUGCGUAUAAAAAAUACCAAAGGAUCCGUAAUGCAAUUAUCACAAUACAAAGUUUUUGUCGUGGCUGGAAAGUACGCAAAAACAAGGAGCAAUAUGAAGAAGAGUACAAACGUGCUGUGGGUGAAAAUAGACAAAAUUGGGCAGCGACCAAAAUUCAAGCAUGGUGGCGUGGAAUAACAGAACGUAAAUAUCUACGAUUUAAGAAUGAAUUACCCGCCGACCGAAUCGCAGCACGUAAAAAAAUUGAAUUUGCAAACGAUCAAAUGGCGGCGCUGAUCCGUCAAAUGAACGAGGAAAACGAUCGCACACAAAAAGCAAUGCAACAAGCAGUCGAUCAACAAGAAGCUCUUGUUAUUCUAUAUAAAUGUCAUCAUUUAUUGCGUACUCAUCAACAGGAAGGAAUUUAUUCUUGCCAUGGAACCAAUGAACUAUCACUUAUCGAAUCAUUGAUGAAAGGAUUACCCUGCAAAGAAUAUAUGGACAAUGUUCAUUUUUUAUAUAAGAAGUUAGUAAAAAAUAAAAGAAAAACGGAGAGCGGGAAGAAAAAUAUUGUUAGAAAAAGUGAAACAGAUAAAAAUACGCAACAAAGGGGAAGAUCAGACAUUGUCCAGGAUAAAAAUUUACAUAAACCAUUUAUACUAUUUUCAAAGAUCAAAGAAAAACCUUACAUUCCGAGUGUUAUCACUAACAAGGUAAGACCCGAAAAAGUUAAAACUAUGUAUCAAUUAGAACAAGAAAAAGGUUUUGAAUUAACUACGCGCCAAGACUUAAGAAACAGAGAUGAACCAUACUAUAUUGACUUCUGGGAAAAGGAAGUUUUGCGUAAACCUAAAAAGGAAAACAUUUUCACAUGUUCUUAAAACCGCAUUAAAAACAAGCAUUGUUGGUAAUUAUACGUAUAAUCAAUUUCCUAUAGAUACAUUGCAACUUUAAA